AUGUCUUCACUAGAAUCCGCAUCGACAGCCUCGUCGACACUAGACUCCUUGCUCGAUUCUCAACUACACAAUUUGUUGUGUCGUAUUCGCUCUCUCACCACUAUCUUGCAAGGCCCGAAGGAAUGUGAUCCGGCUACAGCUGCCAAAGAGAACGCAAUCCCCGACUUCUUUAAUCACCUUACUACACUUCUUUCAUGCGGCGACAAGGACAAUCAGGAUGGCGCAAAGGCCAUAGCCGUCACGGGGGCCACGUUUGUAGAAGGAUUUCGUGCACUGGUGGUGACCCCGACAAACCCAGACGCAACGACGGACUUUGCAGGCCUGUUGAAAGUCCAAAAGAUCGCCCGAGAUGAAGAUCGAACCGUAGACGAUGUGGUUGAAGGGGCGAUCGAUGUCCCGCUCCAGGAACAUAUCAAGGAUAUUAUAACGGUGCUGUCUGGCCUUGAGUUUGACACUGUAUCCGGUACGAGCGACGACUUCAAUCACUUUUGCAUAUUCGUCGUUGCUCGUUGCUUCCGAACGCUACGGGCCCGCGUUCUUUCAGACAAGGUGCUGCGAGAACGAGUUUUCAACACGCUCCGCUUCUGGAAACCACCGGACGAAUUUGAUGUUCCAAUCCUCAAGUUUGGCCGUGGAGACACCAUUCUCCAUUGGGUGCACUUUCUUGCUUGGAUUCUUACGAAACUCGAUUCUGCUGUCAAGGACGUUCAUCAGGUUUACUCCAGCCAGACAAACGUCGACGCAAAAAUAUUUUCCAGGGUUAAUGCCCUAUGCCGUGACCUGUACUUCUUCUUGGAGCUGAAAGAUGGAUAUAUCGUAAGGACUCUUCUUAAGAGUGUCGAAAACGUAUUUCGUCUUCGUGUUACUGACUCGGAUAAAGACGUCGGGAAAGAACGCCAAACCGAUAUGCGAAUGGAAAAGCAAGAAAACAUGGCGACGCUAGUGCUCCGUUAUCUCAAGGGAAUCGCGUCCUGGCAUACGGCCAUCUUCGCCCUCCUUCAGGAUACGAAGACGAAGGAGCUCGCUAAAAGCGCCACGGUCGGUCUCAUCGAGGUCUAUCCCCAGAGCGAGGAAGUCGCUCCUUUCGCAGAGCUUGAGAAAGAAUACUACCGACGUUUCCCGCGCGCAGAUGUUCAAGAACGUCGCGAUAUUGUGGCCCUACUCGGCGAACACUACAAACCGGCCUUCACAGGCAGUGUUCACGCUGAAGCUGCUUUGAUGGGAAUUUUCAAUCACUACUACCAGAACAAUGCCCCCCCUCUCCCGCAAGACGUGGUAGACGUACCCGAUCUGUUACGGGAAUUAGUAGACCCACUAUGUCUGGAUAAUUUCUGGUUAGCGUCAUGCGAUCCCUACAUGGUUUUGGAGCUCCGCCGGGCUAACAAGGGGAGAGCUAUCGCUGUGAGCGAGAAAUGCUGCUGGUGCUGUCAGCGCCUUCGUGAACUCGUCGAGCCGAAGAUCGCCUUGCCCGGUACACAUGGGAUUCUAGUCGCCUGGAACCCGCCUUCUGUUGGGAUUGAUGCUAAAGUCCUCGAGAAACUAGGGGACGAGUUAUGGUUAAAGCUGCGACGACGUCUGUGGGAUAGAGCCUCCUCCAUGGCCCAUUUGGACCAUAGCUCUGGGACAAGCCCUGAAACACUGCCGAUAACUGACAUGGCCUUACCCGCCUCCGAGAAGAAAGAAGAAAUUGACGAGGCUACUUCUUGGGCUAGAUAUGAUUAA